GGAUGGGUGGGGCCAAGUCGAAGCUCGAGGGUGAGGACAAAGCACUUGUUAAGAAUGAGCCGACGUCGCUGUCGUUGAGUAAGCGUGGGUAUGUGAGCGUGCCCAAGGAGGUGGUCAAGACGACGUCGCUGACUUCGCUGGACCUCUCGAGCAACGCCAUCGCCAAGCUCAAACCGGAUCUGAGUCCAUUGGUCAAGCUGCGGGUGCUGGACAUACAACGGAACUCGUUGGAGGAUCUACCGGCGGCUAUAGCCAAGCUGACGGCCUUGACUGAUCUCAAUCUGGCGUUCAAUCCGGUGAGGGAGAUCCCGCAGGUGGUGAGCAAGUUGCCUGCGCUUGCUGACCUCAAGAUUGGCUUCAACGGCGUGGGCAAGUCCAACGCGGCGGCGCUUAUCAGGGCGCAAGGCAAGAAGGGCAAGGCUUUGUUCAUCGUCAAGCCGGCGUUGUUUGAUCCAGCAAAGUCGAGCUUGCCCAAGAGCUUGACCUCGCUCUCGCUGCCGGGCCUCGGACUUCGGACACUACCGGAUAGCCUGGCAAACUGCUCUCGGCUGGUUGUCCUCAACGUCGGCGCCAACUCAUUUGCCACCGUUCCGGCGUGCGUUUCCAAGCUUGCGUCGCUCACCUCAUUUUCGGUGGCCAAGAACAAGAUCGAGGAUUUGCCGGAUGCACUCGGUACUCUCCCGCUCACCAAGCUCAAGCUCGACAGCAAUCCACUGACAUCGCUGCCCGAGGACAUCCGGUCAGCCCCGGCCGACAUUGUGUGCAUUUACCUCCGGAAGCGCAGCGGGCUUCCGGAUCCAGCUGCAAGCAAGGCUCCCAGCGACGAGCCAGCAGCCAACGUGGCUGGCGCCGACGAGGCUGGCCCGCAAGCAAUGGCCAACGGCGAUGAUGCUGGCGGCGUCGGAUCAGCGCCUGUGAGAGGAGCUGGAACGAUCGAGGCCGGCAGUGAUGAAGCCGACGGCGAGGACGUCGAUGCACUUGUGGAUCGCGUAGAGGAGAUCCUAGAUGCUGAUGCAGCGGCCGCGGCCAACAACGACAACGAGCACGAUGACUACUGGGCUCUGGACGGAGGCGCAGGCGAGGCCGAGGGUUUGGGAGAGGCCGAGGCCGAGGCCGAGGCCGAGGAGGCUGGUGAGGGCGAGGCGUGGGAGUUUGCGGAUGAGGACGGCGACGAGUCCGAGCUGGCCGAGGUGGCUGCGGCGUCGUUUGCGUCGGCGGCAAGCGGCCAAGCCGACGACGAUGGCGAGAGCGAGAGCUCCUUCAACUGGGCAGAGGUGGCGAGCAAGGAGGAGAAGAGUGGAACAGCAGAGGGGGAGAGAGCCGUAACGCCGGAUGCAGACACGACGCGAGAGCUGGUGGCGUACCACGAGCACGAGCCGACACCGCCGCCACGGCAGCAGUCGAGCAGCAGCGGUGUGGAGGUUUCCGAGGCAAGCCGGCGCGAAUCUGCGGCGUUGUAUGCGCUCCGCGAGCAGCCGUCGUUUGUGCACGAAGCCAGGAGCCGGGACGCGCUGGACGAUGGGCGGAAGCGGCCGACCGGGCUCUUCCCGCCACGGCGCCGGCUGGUAGAUGAGCCGCUGCCGAGCCUUGCGCUCGAACGCAGCUUUGGCGGCGGAGCACUGACUAGCGGCUCGCCGACGCGACCGCCGAUGCGACUGUCGCCAGCGCCGGAGCGGAUUCGAAUUCCGGGCGAGCACGUGCUGAUUCGGACGAGCCCGAGCCGUGAUCCAUACGCACCACGGCGGUGA